UGUAUGGAAGUUUAUACCUUGAUCUUGAGAUGGUUGAGAUUGGUGUUGUUCUGAGUUACUGGACAACGAUAAUUGAUUCUCAUCCAGUUGAAGAGGGUUAUUAUUGCUGCUAUUUCCUAUGACUUGGGUUAGGGCUGCAACCAUUACAGACAUGUCUUGCUGUGACUGAGCUGAGUAGAUGGGAAAGAUAUGAUCUUCCUCUUUCUUCUCCGGUUCAUCGGAUGGAAGGGGCCUCUUCCCAUGUCUCCGAUCCACCUUACCAGUCUGGAUACUCUCCUUUUCUUCUUAUAUAUCAUGCAAAAGAAAGCUCAUCAGUAGUUUUUAGGCUAAACUUGUUGCAUUUGAUAUGGGGAUUCAAGUAUUUAUGUGGUCAAGUCCAAGAAAAUGGCGAAGAGAAUACAAAGGACAAAGCUUUUCAGUAUUAUGAGAUUGGAAAGAGGAGGAUGAGGAGGAGGAAGAGGGAGGAGAUAGGGUUUUGGCGAAACUAGGGAUUAAUAUUUUAAUUUCUGUGUGAACAAGUUUCGGGAUAGUAGACGUUUGGACUUUUAUUUCCUUUUCAUUUUUAUUAUUAGAAGUUGAUAUAUUUGUCUAUGUGAAUAACCUUGCAUGUAUAGCUUUCAUCAUGCAUCCAACCCUGAUGAUGUUAAAUACAUGUUUAUUAAACAAAUGCAUUAAUUUAUGCACUUGGCAAAGUGUAUGCAAGUUAUAUACAGUUGUGGCUAUUUUGAUAUCUUGUUGUGAAACAUCAAAAUUGUGUUUGUAUAAAUUUUUUAUUUUGUU